GCACUGUGUUGCUGAGCAGCAGCCAGUUGUGUUUUUCCCCUCAUCGAGCUCAGUCACUCUCGUCCUCUGAUCUGACUCUUAUGCACUCUGAGGCUCACAGGACAGAACAGACCUUUCCUCUCAUCCUCUUCCUCCAGUCUCGCGUCUGACAGGAUUUCUUCUUUUUCUUUUACACGUAUCUCCCUUUUCUCUCUCUCUGCCGGUUCCUUGGGCAUUAGUGGGGUGCCUCCGUGUGUGUGUGCGCGUGUGUGUGUGUGAGUGCGUGUAUGUGCAUGUGUCUGGGGGUUUCAGCAUGGAAGCAGUGGCACUGUACACAUUUCGUGCCACAGAGAGUGAUGAACUCAGUUUUAACAAGGGAGACAUGCUCAGGAUCACCAACAUGGAAGAUGAUCCUAACUGGUACACAGCUGAGCUCCACAACAGGAAAGGCUUUGUGCCAAAAAACUACAUCAACCUGAGGCCACAUGCAUGGUUCGCAGGGCGAAUAUCUCGUGGCGUGGCGGAGAGCCGGCUGAGACACAGAGAGUGUGGGGCCUUCCUCGUCAGGGAGAGCGAGAGCGCUCCUGGAGAGUUUUCAAUGUCUGUCAGCUACGGGGACCACGUUCAGCAUUUCAAGGUGCUGCAGGACCGCUGCAGCCAGUACUACGUGUGGGACGAGGCCUUCUCCUCCCUCAACGAGCUGGUGGAGUUUUACCACAGCAACAGCAUCGCUAAGGAGAGGACAGUGUUUCUGAGAGACCCCGAGCAAUUCGCCAGGCGUCCCCAUCACGCCCAUGCUCUCUUCGACUUCAACCCCCACCACCCGUCGCAGCUGCGCUUCGUGCGCGGAGACCUCAUCGAACUCGUCGACUGCUCUGACUCGGUACGUUGGAGGGGUCGCUGUCACGGACGAGUGGGCUACUUCCCCCCCGAGUACGUCCAGCCCAUUUAUCAAUACCAGUGACCCCAUAUAAUGACAAAGGCACGGCCACUACCCGAGGGUUCGUCCACCGAGGCGUUGGGACCCCAAACUUCCACCCUGUUGAAAAGAAAAACAAAAAAACACUGCUCUCCAUCUCCACGGCUUCCCGCUGACCUCUGGAGUGAAUGACUGACUGAGAUGACCUCUUAUGUCCAGGUCAUCUCCGCUUUCACGCUCUUCCGCUUGAUUCUUCAUCUCAACGAUAUAAAGUGACAGUCGAAAACACACGCGAUCCCAGGCGUAAUUAUUCCUUUAUCUUUACAAGAGUUGGCGAACCCUUGCUAAGGUGACAAGUGAAGGCCCCGAGGAUGUUUUUCCCUCUGCAGAUUUUCUCCAKUGUCCCUUCAGAAGGACAUCCAGUGAAGAGCAGAAACUCUGAGGCUGAUUAUUUUUGCAAGGAACAUCUGGAGAUGACGGCAAACAAACCUGUCGACUUCAGAGGCCAUGAUAUGAGAAGAUUGUCUGUUCCUGGGAAUUUAGAUGCAAAUCUGACUGAGUUUGGACUUGUUGCUCGUGUGUGUGGGYRUGUAUGGUAUGUCUCUGUCGAGAGUUGAUUGUGAACCACUAAAGGAAGUCCCCCGAAGUGCAGUGAGGACUCGGUUAUGAUACAGUAUUGAAAAUACACUGCUUAAAAUGUAAUGAGCUUAUUUYGUUCGCCGUCCAUUUCUGUAUGUAUUUAUUCCUACUCAUAUGUAAUCUAUGAAAAAGCAUAUAUUGUAAAUAGAAUUAUUCAUUACCGGAAGGAAACAUUUGACAAAAUUUACAACGUGAACUUGGGCUGGUCUUCCAUUACUUGUUAUAAGAAAUCAAUUCAACAAACUGAUGCAUUUACAUCUUUGAACCUGCUCUCUUAGCACAAGAUAAAUAAAAGAAAAUAUUUGUCAUCAGUUUGUCUUUUGCAAUAAUUAUAAGUCACAAUUUAAUAGUGUCACGCUGAGAAAAGAGAAAAUUUUGAAAAAAACGUAACCAAUUACAUUUGAAAGAUAUAGAAGCAUAGUUUUUUGGCUUUAAGUAGGUUUAKUUUUCCAACGUUUUUGUCUGCUAAAAAAUAUAUAUAAAAAAACAACAACCAKUGGAAAAAAUUGGGCGACAGCUAAACGAGAAUCAAAUGGUGACAGUACAGUUAUUGUAAAAAGAAAAUACAUCCCCUUMACGUUCUGUUUUCACAUUUUGGUCACUUCUAGUAUUUUUUUUUCUCACUUUUUUCUGUCUUUUUUUUUUUUUUAUCAAACUUUUCCACUCUGACUUUGUUGAAUAAAUAAUGACACGCUGACAUCUGUGGUGUGGGAUCUUGUACACCUCAGUUGGGAUUUAAAUAAUUGAAGGACCUGGUAGAGAUGAAGAUCUUAUUUACAUUAAGACUCUGGCACUAACUGGAGGUGUACUUUCUUUUUUACUGUGACUUUAGAGGAUGAUGACCAUAAUAAAACCUUUGUGCCAACA